AUGUUGAAUUCACCUUCAUUGCCGCUUCUAGUACAUUUAGCGGUAAUUGUCAAUGGGAAAUUGGAUGGACAGCAUAUAGAUAAACAAUAUGAGCAUCAUCCUGUUAAUGGCAGCUUUUCGGCAAGAGAACAACGCAAGGCAUAUCAUGAUCACGAUGAUUUGUUCGGAGCUAAAAUGUAUAGAACGCUUUUCUCAGUGAAGCACCGCGAAUAUUUGGAUGCAGUGAAAAGAUUGACUGCUAUGGAUGAAAAGAAACAAAUGAAGCUUCUUCUUGAAUUGGUCUCUAACAUUAUUAAGGUGAUGGGUAAUGCGAGAAAUAUAAUUGAAAAAGCCAACUUCAAUCCUAACGAUACAUUUCCUAGCGAGGAGCAAAGCAGUUUGAGAGAUGCUAUUGGGAAUAUUGUCGAAAAUACUGCCUUCUACAGUAAUUUGAUACUGUAUUUUCCAACAGUAUUGCUAGACAGGUAUAAAAAGGAUACCGAUUGGCAAUCACUAUUUGUCUGGGCUUAUAAAUUCACAACAGCAUCACGGCUGCAUGAUGACGUUGCGGAAAAAUUGCUGGAUUUAGUUGGACAACAAUUGGAAAUCAUUCCGAGAAGAGAUGAUUUCCACAAUCCAUAUGACAAAAAAGCGAUUAAGGAAAAGUUGCAACGAGAAUCAAUACAAAAAAUGGAAAAAGCACUAAGAGAAAAACAGGAACAAAAGAAGCUGGAUCGUAAGAAAAAGAAAAUAAAGAAACCAUCAAUAACAAAGACUGAACUAUAA